GUUAGAUGUCUAGUGUCUACUAAAACUACGUUUUGGUAUUUGACAUCCGCAGUCUGAACUUAUGUGCUUAAAGUAUUGAUCAACCUGCUGGUUCUCCAAAUCUUUAUAAAGGUACAUAAGUUAUUAAGAAUAUUAUUUCUUUAAAUAUAUUUAGAUGCUACAACAGAAAUAAAUCAAGAUGAACAGAGAUAAGAGAGAACCAGAGUAUCCUGCGGAGCUAGAAUCUCAGUUUAUUCUUCGUUUGCCGGAGGAUCCAGCAAAAGAAUUGCGGGAGCUACUUAAAACUGGAGAUAACAUAAAAAGUCGUCUAACAAUUCAAAUAGAUAACGAUAUGAGAAAUGGUGAGGUACGUUUUGACCAUUGGUUAAUGCACGCAAAAAUUGUAGACUUACCAACUAUUAUCGAGUCAUUGAAGACAAUUGACAACAAAAGUUUCUAUAAAACAGCCGAUAUAUGUCAGAUGAUGAUAUGUAAAGAGGAAGCCGAUCAAACACCUGCAGAAGAAGAAUCACCUUCAAAAAAUAAAAAAAAGGAUCCCUAUAAAGUUGAUAAGAAAUUUCUUUGGCCGCAUGGUGUGACACCGCCGACCAAAAAUGUAAGAAAGCGUCGCUUUCGCAAAACUUUAAAGAAAAAAUAUGUAGAAGCACCUGAAAUUGAAAAAGAAGUAAAAAGAUUGUUAAGAGCUGAUAAUGAAGCCGUCAGUGUCACUUGGGAAGUUGUGAAAGAAGAGGAUGAUCAACUUAAGCCAGAACCUGUUACCCCAACACCAACACCAAAAGCAGAGAAAAAGACCAAAGCAGCUGAGAGAGCAGCAAAGAAAGGUGCAGCUGCUGCAGCAGCCAAAGCUGCAUCUGUAGCAGCUGCUGCUGCUGCUGCUGCUGCUGCUUCUGCUGCAGCUGCAGCCGCCAGUGCCAAUAACUCUGAGUCUUCUAAUGUUGUUGAUAUAUUUGGUAGUGCUGUAAGUGACAGUGAUGCAGAAGAUGACAACAUUAAUGUAGAGUUGGAGGAUAGUCACUUCUCAACUUAUGACAGCCGCCUAUCAGACAACAGUUCAGUUUUAGGCUUGGGAGAUAUGCAAACAAAAAAAGAAAGCUAUCCAAUAGAAUUUGAUUCGCAAAUGUUUCAAAGUGGUCAAAGCCAUAAAAGAUCUAAUAGAAGCCGAGCCACAACUCCAGCAACUUCAACAGUUACCAAGAGCGGAGGGUUGUCGUCUGAAGAAGAUGGAGAAUAUUCAAGAGAUAUGUCUAAAGAUAAUAUGUCAGUGAGAAUUGAGGAACUCCGAACUGAACUAGAAGAGUUGAAACAGCGCAAACAGAGGAUGCAGUAUGAAAUUGCUGGAAUGGAAAAUCUAGCUUUACGACAAAGAUUUCAAGAGAUUCUACAUACAUUAAACCAGGAUGUUAUGUAUAAGGAAAUGGAAUAUCAAGGCCUCAUCACAUUACAAAAUUCUGAAGAUAUAUGAGGAACAUAUUACAUGUAAAGAGCUAAAAGCUUUUUACAUGUAUGAAUUAUUAUGUCAUUUUUUCUUAAAAGAAAAACUUAUAUUGUGGAAUAAGUUUCAUGUUUUUUUACUUUCAUAUUAAUUUUAUAUUUUUACAUAAUAAAUUUUUUUUAUUGCUUUCUUAAGUAUAACAGUAAGUGAAAUAUUUUUCUUAUAGGUCGAAUUAUAUGAAAAAAAUUUGUCUUCAUGUUGUAAAAUAGGCAUUUUAAAACUAUCAUUACCUACUUAUGGAAUAUCAUAUGAACAUCUCGUUGAGAAACUCUUGUAUUUUUUUUAUAUAUAUUUAUUAAGUAUUAAUUAGGUGUUUAAUGUUAUUAUCAUUAAUUAGUUAUAUUUGUUGAAAUUAAUUAUUUUUUUUACUUUAAGUAGGUCUUUUGGAUCCCUUAAAAAUUAUACAAUUAUAGGGUAGAUCUAAGAGUUACUUAACUGUACUUAACAGUAUGCAUAUUAAAAUACUGUAUUAGCCAAUAAGAAUUGAAAAAAUUUAAGUCAUUUUUAUUGUUAUCUUAGAUAUGUAUAUCCUGACAAGAUUAAUAUCUUAAUUACUAUUUUAUUUUUACCACUCGUUUUUAAACUAUUUACAAUGUUUUAUUAAUCUUCGUAAGUUAAGAUAGUAUUAUUACAGUAAUAAGAAAAAUAUUUUUUAUUUCUACACUUUUAGGAAAACUAUUAUUAUACUAUAUUAUUAAGCAGUAUUUAAAAAUAUAGAUUGCAGUUUACUAAUGUAGCAAACAAGUGUUUCAAAAAUAAACAUUAUGAUGCUAAUGGAGAA